GCAGCCCAACUCGUGGCACAAGUACAAGGCCCUGCACGUUAACCGAACCAUACGCUUCACUUCCACAACGUGGCCUCCUUACUCGAUACCAGUGUUUGAUGAGGACAACAGACGGAGGCUGUGGGGAAUAUCAGGUUCCAUCAUGGACAACAUCACCACAUCCAUGGGACUAGAGUACGAGGUGAAGGUCCCCGAGGACAACCAGUGGGGAUACCGUAGCCCGAACGGUACUUGGACCGGGAUGCUCGGUGACCUCGAGAGAAACGAGAGCGAUCUGGCCGUGGGUCCGUUCGUGUUGACUCACGCCACUGCCGAAACGUUCCCGCACGGAGACAUCUACAUACUCAACGAUUUCCUCAUCCUGGCCGGAAUCAAACAUCCUUUCGUAACGCAGGUCUUCACCACCGUUUCAGCAUUUGAUCUCCAGAUGUGGCUGUUAGUGAUACUGUUCCUGUUGGUGCUGAGUGCUGUGUCGAUGGCCCUCGUGGAGGUCUCCCCUCAGACGCAGAGCUCCAGAAUGACCACCAACCAAUGGGAAAUUUACGCGGAGCUCCUGCUCACCUUCUUCGCUGGAGCCAUGCAAGAGGCUCACCCGUUGCGCGGAGUACCGUCGAGGUCUGUCCACUGUCUCUUCUUACUGUGGAUGACAAGCUGUAUUUUCCUCAUGAACUUCUUUACGGCCAACCUGAGUGCCAGCCUCAUGGUCAAAACGGAGGCGCCGCGCAUUCGCAAAGUCGCCGACGUCCUCAAGACGCCGAACAAGAGAAUCCUCCUGUUCGCCAACAGCGGAUUCCAGGAUCUCCUCCUGUAUACGGACGUGGAGUCGUACCGCCACGUGUACGAGCAAGUGCAGAGAACCCGAGGCGAAAUGCCGCCCGAGCUGGUUUUCACCGACCAGCACUUCACGGAUGUCAUCGAGGAAAGAGCAAUCAUACUACAAGAAUGGCUCACGUUUCGCGACCAAGUGGCACGCAACUGUCCUCGACUCAAAGGUCGAGGAUUCAUGUACCUCAGCGAAGAGAGCCUCACUAGCCUCGCCAUUGGUUGGUACAUUAGGCCGGGCUUCGACCCCCUCCUUCACAGGGAGUUCAACAUCAGGCUCAGGUGGAUUACAGAGUCAGGACUCGCCGACAAGUUCCUGGAGGACGUUUCCCCCGGAGGCGGGGACUGCUGGCUACGUCACAGCGACAAGGGGGACAUGGAGCAUCGCAUUCUAGACUUCAGCGACUUGCGUCCCAUCUUCGUGCUCCACGUGGUCCUCUCCUCUGGCGCCAUCCUUGCGCUUGUGGUGGAACUCUACAAAACCAACAGGGGGUCGCGCUGAUCGGUCGCGCGGGUUACGUUUUGUGUCACGAAAUGUGUGAAUAUUCCCUUUGUACGUCUACCAUCACAAAAUUUUGUAGCAGCGCUACUCCGGCGAAGAAUGUUUGCGAUUCCUCGAAGCGCCAGUGUUGUAAGACCACCGAUAACUGUGGGUGACAAGCGAGACGACGUUAACGAAACGUGGUACAUGUGCAGCCAUCGAUAAUUAAUUAUGCCGAUUGCUAUGUAUGUACUGGCUGGA